AUGGAGCUUGUAGGAUUGAAGCUUGUAGGAACCGUGGUUGGGUUGGAGCUUGUAGGAACCGUGGUUGGUUUGGAGCUUGUAGGAACCGUGGUUGGAUUGGAGCUUGUAGAAACUCUGAUGCUUUCUGGCGUUAGGGGAGUAGAUAUGGGCAACAACAAUAAUAGUAAAUAA